AUGGAUCGGGAGGUGCACAGGAUGGCGAGCCUGAGGAGGGAGAGCUCGCUGUGGAGGAGGGGCGACGACGUGUUCUCGCGGUCGUCGUCGAGGUUCCAGGACGAGGAGGACGACGAGGAGGCGCUGCGGUGGGCGGCGCUGGAGCGGCUGCCGACGUACGACAGGGUGAGGCGCGGGAUCCUGGCGGUGGAGGAGGGCGGCGAGAAGGUGGAGGUGGACGUCGGGAGGCUCGGGGCGCGCGAGAGCCGCGCGCUCAUCGAGCGCCUCGUCCGCGCCGCCGACGACGACCACGAGCGGUUCCUCCUCAAGCUCCGGGAGCGGAUGGACCGGGUGGGCAUCGACUACCCCACCAUCGAGGUGCGGUUCGAGAACCUCGAGGUGGAGGCCGACGUCCAUGUCGGCAACCGCGGCCUCCCCACCCUCCUCAACUCCGUCAGCAACACCGUCGAGGCCAUCGGGAACGCGCUCCACAUCCUCCCAAGCAGGAAGCAGCCGAUGACCGUCCUCCAUGACGUCAGCGGGAUCAUCAAGCCCCAGAGGAUGACUUUGCUGCUGGGCCCUCCUGGGUCGGGCAAGACCACGCUGCUGCUGGCGUUGGCAGGGAAGCUCGACAAGGACCUCAAGGUCUCAGGGAAGGUGACCUACAAUGGCCACGGGAUGAACGAGUUUGUGCCGGAAAGGACCGCGGCGUACAUCAGCCAGCAUGAUCUCCACAUUGGGGAGAUGACUGUGAGGGAGACAUUGGCCUUCUCGGCACGGUGCCAAGGCGUUGGCACUAGAUAUGAAAUGUUGACUGAGCUGGCAAGAAGGGAAAAGGCAGCGAACAUCAAGCCAGAUCAUGAUAUUGAUGUCUACAUGAAGGCCUCAGCUAUGGGAGGACAAGAAUCUAGUGUUGUUACAGACUACAUACUGAAGAUAUUAGGAUUGGAUAUUUGUGCUGAUACAGUAGUAGGAAAUGAGAUGUUAAGGGGUAUAUCUGGUGGACAAAGGAAGCGUGUCACAACAGGUGAAAUGCUUGUUGGUCCAGCAAGAGCUUUGUUCAUGGAUGAGAUAUCCACUGGACUGGACAGCUCAACCACAUACCAGAUUGUGAAUUCCCUUAGGCAGACUAUCCACAUCCUUGGCGGAACUGCUGUCAUCUCAUUGCUGCAGCCAGCACCUGAAACAUACAACUUGUUUGAUGACAUUAUACUCCUCUCCGACGGGCAGGUUGUUUACCAGGGACCCCGUGAACAUGUGCUUGAGUUCUUUGAGUUCAUGGGCUUCAGAUGCCCCGCCAGAAAGGGUGUCGCUGACUUCUUGCAGGAAGUGACGUCGAGGAAAGACCAGGGACAAUACUGGUGUAGGCGUGAUAGACCAUACCGUUUUGUGCCAGUGAGGCAAUUUGCAGAUGCGUUCCGUUCCUUCCAUGUGGGUCGAUCCAUACAGAAUGAGCUUUCCGAGCCAUUUGAUAGGACCAGGAGCCACCCUGCUGCUCUGGCUACGUCAAAGUUUGGAGUCAGCAGGAAGGAGUUGCUUAAAGCCACUAUCGAUAGAGAGCUCCUUCUUAUGAAGAGGAAUGCAUUUAUGUACAUUUUUAAAGCUGUUAAUCUAACUCUAAUGGCAUUGAUCGUGAUGACCACGUUUUUUCGUACCAGCAUGCGACACGAUCAAGAAUAUGGACCGAUCUAUCUGGGGGCAAUGUACUUUGCUCUCGACACAGUCAUGUUUAAUGGUUUCGCAGAGCUUGCCAUGACUGUCAUAAAACUUCCUGUUUUCUUCAAGCAGAGGGAUCUUCUCUUCUUUCCUGCUUGGGCCUAUACCAUACCAUCGUGGAUUCUUCAGAUUCCUAUCACGUUUCUUGAAGUUGGUGUUUAUGUUUUCAUAACAUACUACGUCAUUGGAUUUGAUCCCAGUGUAAGCAGGUUCUUCAAGCAGUAUCUGCUGCUACUUGCACUCAAUCAGAUGUCAUCAGCAUUGUUCCGCUUCAUUGCGGGAAUCGGAAGAGACAUGGUUGUGUCUCACACCUUUGGACCCUUAUCACUGUUGGCUUUUGCGGCAUUGGGUGGCUUUAUCCUUGCAAGACCUGACGUGAAGAAAUGGUGGAUUUGGGGUUAUUGGAUAUCCCCCCUAUCGUAUGCACAGAAUGCUAUUUCAACAAAUGAAUUUUUGGGUCCCAGUUGGAAUAAAAUACUUCCUGGUCAAAAUGAAACCUUGGGAGUUAGCGUACUUAAAUCCCGUGGUAUCUUUACUGACGCUAAGUGGUAUUGGAUUGGACUUGGUGCUUUGCUUGGAUACACUCUUCUCUUUAACCUGCUCUACACUGUAGCUCUAUCAGUUUUGAGUCCAUUCUCUGACUCUCAUGCAUCAAUGUCCGAGGAGGCUUUGAAAGAGAAGCAUGCCAACUUAACCGGUGAGGUUGUAGAUGGCCAGAAGGAAAUUAAAUCUAGGAAGCAGGAAUUGGAAUUGUCCCACAUUGAAAACUCGGGAAUUAACAGUGUUGAUUCUAGUUCAAGCAGGAAGGGAAUGGUGCUCCCAUUUGCACCACUAUCCCUUAGUUUUAACAACAUAAGAUACUCAGUGGACAUGCCGGAGGCAAUGAAAGCACAAGGUGUAACAGAAGACCGCCUGUGUCUUUUAAAGGGUGUUAGUGGUUCUUUCAGGCCAGGUGUACUUACCGCAUUGAUGGGUGUAAGUGGUGCUGGGAAGACAACGCUGAUGGAUGUUUUAGCAGGAAGAAAAACUGGAGGAUACAUAGAGGGCGAUAUUAGAAUCUCAGGCUAUCCAAAGAAGCAAGAGACAUUUGCACGUAUAUCAGGAUAUUGUGAACAAAAUGACAUCCAUUCUCCCCAUGUGACAGUAUAUGAAUCACUUGUGUUCUCUGCAUGGCUGCGGCUUCCCUCAGAGGUUGAUUCAGAAGCAAGAAAGAUGUUUAUUGAGGAGGUCAUGGAUCUCGUAGAGCUCACAUCACUGAGGGGAGCACUUGUUGGACUUCCUGGAGUGAGUGGACUGUCAACUGAGCAACGCAAGAGGCUUACUAUUGCUGUGGAGCUUGUUGCGAACCCUUCGAUCAUUUUUAUGGAUGAGCCAACAUCCGGUCUUGAUGCUCGGGCAGCUGCGAUUGUCAUGAGGACUGUAAGGAACACAGUUAACACUGGCAGGACUGUUGUUUGCACCAUUCACCAGCCAAGUAUCGACAUAUUUGAAGCAUUUGAUGAGCUUUUCCUAAUGAAGAGAGGAGGUGAAGAGAUAUAUGUUGGUCCAGUGGGCCAGAAUUCAUCAAAAUUGAUUGAGUACUUUGAGGGAAUUGAUGGCAUUAGUAAGAUAAAAGAUGGAUAUAAUCCAGCAACAUGGAUGUUGGAAGUGACUUCUUCAGCCCAGGAGGAGCUGCUCAGCGUCGAUUUUAGCGAAAUCUAUAGGCAAUCAGAGCUAUAUCAAAGGAACCAGGAACUUAUAAAGGAGCUGAGCACACCACCUCCUGGCUCUACUGAUCUCAACUUCCCUACGCAGUACUCUAGAUCAUUCAUUACACAGUGCCUAGCUUGCUUAUGGAAGCAGAAUUGGUCAUAUUGGAGGAACCCAUCCUACACUGCAGUGAGAUUACUCUUCACUAUCGUCAUUGCCCUAAUGUUUGGAACAAUGUUCUGGAACCUUGGAACGAGAACUAAAAAACAACAGGAUCUAUUCAAUGCCAUGGGAUCGAUGUAUGCUGCAGUUCUCUACAUUGGAGUGCAAAACUCUGGUUCUGUCCAACCUGUGGUGGUGGUGGAGCGAACAGUCUUUUACCGAGAAAGAGCAGCUGGCAUGUAUUCAGCUUUCCCAUAUGCAUUUGGGCAGGUUGCAAUUGAGCUACCAUACAUCAUGGUUCAGACUCUGAUAUAUGGCGUGCUGGUAUACUCAAUGAUUGGAUUUGAGUGGACUGUUGCCAAGUUCUUGUGGUACUUAUUCUUCAUGUACUUCACACUGCUGUAUUUCACAUUCUACGGAAUGAUGGCAGUAGGAUUGACACCAAAUGAGAGCAUAGCGGCCAUCAUCUCGUCCGCAUUCUACAAUAUCUGGAACCUCUUCUCAGGAUAUCUGAUCCCUCGACCGAGAAUUCCUAUUUGGUGGAGGUGGUAUUGCUGGAUUUGCCCGGUUGCAUGGACUUUAUAUGGAUUAGUUGCUUCCCAGUUUGGUGAUAUCCAGCAUGUGCUCGAAGGCGAUGCCAGAACUGUUCAACAGUUCAUCCGUGAAUACUUUGGUUUCCGUCAUGACUUCCUGUGGGUAGUGGCAGUGGUGCACGUCGUUUUCGCCGUGACUUUCGCCUUCCUCUUCAGUUUUGCGAUCAUGAAGUUCAACUUCCAGAGGAGAUAAGCAAGUGAUCAUUCUUUUUUGCAUUUGUUCUAUUGUUCUACUGAGUAGCUAUCAUGUAAAUGGUAUAGAGAUCAUCUUCUAUUUCAUUAUUUCAAGCAUAUAGAAUUUGGAGAUCUAGUAGGAUUCCCUGGGAGAAAAUCUCUUACUGAGUUUCCUGCCUCUUGACCAGCCCUAGCUGAUAAAUGUCGGAUGCAGUUGAAUGUAAAGUAUGCUCUUCGAUGUUUUCAUUUUUGACGAAUUAAUGGAAGCAGAAAUUUUGUCCAUUCAA